AAUGGGAGCAUAGACUGCCUGGAUUCACCACCUGCAAAAGCAGGAGUGGGGAUGCCGAGCAGCAGCGAGCCUGGAGCGACGGAGCGACCCGGCCGCCGGGCGAGCAUCCUGGGAGACGCCGCGAGCGGGACGCAGCCCCGGAGGACGCUGGGAACCACGCGCGGAGGCCGCUAUCGCGCAUGCGCACCAGCCACGGCUGCGCUACGUGGGAGCAUCUCCGAGCUGUGCGGAGGGCUGCUGGCCCCGGGGCGAGGGAGCAAGGAAGGGCAAGCGGGGCUAGCGGACCAGGGGGUGAGCGGGUGUAUUGUGCGGGGUCUGGGGCGGGGGCCACGGAAGCGCCGGCUCCGCCCCGCCUGCGGUCCCCCGUGGCGCGUGGUGCGCCCAGCGGCCCGGGGUCGCGCCCAAAGGAUGCGAGGUCCAGGCUUGGAGAAAGCCUUAUUCUCUCCGUUGCGGGAGGAAGAGACGGGAUUGCAGGGGUUCCGUGAUUUGCCUCGGCCAAGCGAGGCGAAGGAGCUGGGAUUCAAACCCAGCGCCUUUGGGAUUCUAAAUCUCAAGACUAGUUUAAACAUAACUACCUACAACAAAGAACUGGGCUUUCGUCAUCUCUUUGUGCUUCACGACACCAGCACAGGGGUUUGGACCGCGUGGGCUGCGUAGACCCACCAUCUCCUUGUAUCUUUUGUGAAAAAUAUUCGCUGAUUGGUGUAAGUUCUAGAAUUCUGACUGUGGACUCAGCUUUCUAGAUGCUUUUGCUGACUGAUAUUUUCUGUCCAGUAUU